UGGAAGUCAGUUGCCUGCAUCGUCUGCUUGGGAAAAGGCGCGAAGGGUUUUGUCUCGUGUGUACCGCUGUCCCGAUGCCGUUCGACGCCUCUCAUGCUGCCCCGAGGAUGGAGGAACGCUGCAGCAGGGUCGGCGGCAGUCCCUGAGACUCCCGCCAGUCCCCGCCAUGGCCCCGAGAAGAGCCCCGUCUUAGCCUUCGAUCAUGGUUGCCUAACGUGAGGCUCCAGAAGGAUGCCUGCCGAUGCCGAGGUCCCAGUGGUGGGGGUGCGGGGGGCGCAGGGGGUCGGGCGGGGGCAGCUCCCAGCCAAGACCUCCUCCAGGGCGUCCCUGUCCAGUGUGACCACCGCAACGCCCUCCUACUCCUCCUCCAGCUCCUCCGUGUCCUCGGAGGUCACGGGGCAAAUGAGGUCGAGUGACUCCCUGUCCUCCGUGGGGUCACCCUCCCCUGCCCCGUGCGAGCCCGCCGACCCUUCUCAGCAACAGCCAGCAGCCAUCCCUGCGUCAGUCCGAUCUCACUUCCCCCCGAGCACCGCUGCCACGCCCGCCGGGGGUCGUGACAGCCCCGAAGAGACGCCCACAGUCACUAUUUCUCGGUUCGUGGAGCCGGCGCCGCCUCCAGCCGCAGCCUCCUCCCCGGCUUCCUCUCACGUGUCUUCCCUUGCCGGACAGUCUUCCUCGUCAUCGUCGUCAUCGUCGUCCAAUUCAUCCUUUUCUUCGUCCUCUUCCUGCUCCUUCUCCUCCUCUUCCUCCUCAUCCUACUCUUCUUCUCCACAAUCCUCGUCGUCGCCGCCACCGCCACUCGAUGUCACGACCCUUGUGGCCUCCAUAUGCACGUCCCAGUCGCCUCCCACGGUGACGCCCUCCAUCUCUCUGGCGCCAGCAUCCCUGUCGCAGCUUCUGCCUCGCGGUUACUCCCCUACGGCGGCCAGGCUGGUGAGGACUUCCCCGCCACCCACCAUCAGCCUCACGCCCUCCCCCGUGCCACGGAGGUUUUCAGACGUUUCUAGCGGCUCGGAACACCUGGCGGGCUCCUCGCGGCCGCGGGCCCCAAGCCUCGCCUUGACGCAUCUGAGCACCAGCGACAUCACCGUCCCGCCCUGCCUUCACUCACCCCCACCGUCGUACGAUCAGUUAUGCAACCCCAAUGCGCUGCCGACGUAUCAGGAGGCGACGCAGAGCUCCAGCGACAAGCAUCGGCGAGGUGCACAGAGGACGGUGUUCACGCUGUCGUCUGGGAGCGAUGCCGCCGCCGCCGACCCCUUGGUGCAGGACGGGGAGCGAGGGCUGGGGGCCGGCCUUCGGGGGGGCAUGCUGGCGUCCCUGGCUGCCGAGCUGAGUGACUCCGAGGGCGGCUACUCCACCAUCCUGGACGCCAUCCCCCACGAGCACCAGCGGGACCCCUGCGCCACCGUCCCCAUCAGGUUCCUGCAGACUUGCUCACUGCGUCGUCUGCGGCCGCCCAAGCUGCAGCCGCCCUGCCUCACCUCCGUCUGCAACAAGGCCCUCGUAAGGAAGGAGCUGAACCGUCGGUGGCCGUUCAUCGCGGCGGCGCGGGAGGAUGACCAAUGUCCGGGGCUGCUGCUGGUUGAGUGCUCCUCACACCUGACCGUCGCCCAUUUGCCGGAGCCCGUGCGGUCGGGCGAGGGCGGUAGCGGCCUCCUCAGCGCGGGAGGCCUGGCGGUGGGCAGCGGCGGGGACUUGGGCAGCCUCGUUGGAGACAACUUCACAGACUUACCACUGGGCUCCCCCACCCUCACCUCCUCCAACGCCGCCGCAGCUGCCGCCACCGCCGCCAUUGACCUGGAGUCCGGCGCCCUCACGUCUCAAGUGUUAUUUUACCUGUGCGGGAAGUGUGUUGGAUAUGACUCGUUCGACAUAGACAACGUGAGAUCGCACAUCGAGUACGACUGUGCAGGGCCCCAGCACCAGUGGGGCAGCAACGCCGAGCUGUACCUGGUGCUGCGCGCGGUGCUCUUCGUCGUGGUGAUCAUCUUUGUGUUCGUGUGGCUCCCCUACCUGCAGUUGUGAGUAGCCUCCCUUACCUCCCUCCUACCGGCCUGUCACCCAUCCCUCUGUCCCUUCCUUCACCCUUUCCGAACUUUAUUCACUAUACCUUUCCGAGACAUACCCAUGCAGUCAGCGUCUUCUCUCCCUUUGCUCCGUGCACGCCCCAAGUGGCUCCUCCCCCCCCCCCCCCUUUCUUCCCCACAACUCAGCAUACUCUCCCCAUCCUCCCCUACAAAAUUCCCUUCCCUUUGUGUCCCUAACUCAACCCGGCGAACGUCACGUCUCGGCGGUCCACCAACCUCCGUGUGGGAACUGUUCUUAGUGUUAAGACUCCCGGAACGCACAGUGUUACGCUUAUACUCUCUAGGGCCGUGUGUGGACCGUCUUUCACACACACACACACACACACACACACUUUGCUUAGGCUGAGUGUGAUUUUUUUGUCACACACACACACACACACACACACACACACACACACACACACACACACACACACACACACACACACACACACACACACACACUGUGAUAGGUGCCAAGACGACCAUUUUUUGACCAAGUUAUUUGCUGAGUUUAAGUGCCAAGCUGUAUAGUCUGUAUGUGUGUGUGUGUGUGUGUGUGUGUGUGCUAUGAACCCUCUUUACGCAUACUAUUGUUCGGGUUCACGAUGAGAGAGAGAGAGAGAGAGAGAGAGAGAGAGAGAGAGAGAGAGAGAGAGAGAGAGAGAGAGAGAGAGAGAGAGAGAGAGAGAGAGAGAGAGAGAGAGAGAGAAUGUGGUCCCUAGCUCUAAAGAAACUGUGAUCGGUGUAUUGUCAUAAGAUUACGUUGUGGAACUUGACGAUAUAACUUAGAACCACUAUAGCUGCUGCUGCUGUUGCCGCUGCUGCUGCUAAUGCUGUUAUAUCCGUGUGUGUGUGUGUGUGUGUGUGUGUGUGUGUGUGUGUGUGUGUGGCCGCAGCUUCUUACGAGGGAUCCGCCUAUAAUGUCGUGCAAGUUUAAGGGUUAAUAAUAAACAAUAUCCAGUAAAUAGACGUAGGUGUAGCGAUGCAUGAGGGGCGGCUGAGCCAAGUGGCUGGGGCGGGGCGGGGCCGUGGCUGCCUGAUGGUGUGGUGUGGUGGUGAUGGGGUAGUGUGGUUUGUGGUGGUGAUGGGGUAGUGUGGUUUGUGGUGGUGGUGGCGGUGCGGUGCGGUGCUGUGGCGUGGAGUGGCCAGUGUAUCCAUAUUAGUGUUGGGUGAUGGUUGUGGUUAUGGUAGAAGUAGUGUGCGAGGGACAGGUGGUAAUGAUGGAGGGACAUUUUAUUAGUGUUGAUUAUGAUGUGACGGAAGGAAGCACAACAAACUAAAUAAAUAGCUCACUGAAUGCAUGUGUUGUGUGAGUGGAUAUAUCUAUGUAGCUUCCAGGAGGCCAUGAAGAGUCAGCGAAAUGCAUGAUAGUGGAUGCCCAGAUAUAACGACUCUUUUAAUCAGAAUUCAGACGUGCAAAGGACAGGACGAGGACAGCUGAAUGUUACUGAAAAGGACUUGACUGUUUUGUGAAGCUGGUCUGGUUGUCGGGUAAAGACAUAAAGAGUCAUAGGUUUUUGCACGGCCUCACUAACGAUGUAUAUGCUCAUCUCACAGGUUUUUAGGUUCUAGGUAGUUUUCUGACCGAGGUCGUGUUGGGGCUGCGUUGUGGGUGUGGUGCAGAAGACUGAGGAAAAGAGGAACGUAGGUAAAGCGAAACAGGGGAUAGAGGAGAGGGAUAUAAAGCUAAGAGAAGGAGAAGGAAAGGAAAGGGGGAGGAUAUUUAGGGAAGAGGAGAGCAGUUACGUGAGACUCAGAUGGGAGGACAGGAGAUAGGCAGGUGACCGAGGGGGGGGGGGGAGGGGGGAGGGGGAAGGAAGGCAGGGAACAGCGGUAAAGGAAUGACGAGUGGUUGUGGUGGAGGAGUGAUGUAGCGAUGGAGUGAUGAGUGGUGGUGGUGACGGUUCUGUUGGAGGGGCAAAGUGGUGGUGGUGGAUGCUUUGAUAGGUGGAGCAGUUGGGUGGUGGUGACGGUUCUGUUGGAGGGGCAAAGUGGUGUUGGUGGUGAGUGGUGGUGGUGGAUGCUUUGAUAGGUGGAGCAGUUGGGUGGUGGUGACGGUUCUGUUGGGGGGGCAAAGUGGUGUUGGUGGUGAGUGGUGGUGGUGGAUGCUUUGAUAGGUGGAGCAGUUGGGUGGUGGUGACGGUUCUGUUGGAGGGGCAAAGUGGUGUUGGUGGUGAGGAGUGGUGGAUGCUUUGAUAGGUGGAGCAGUUGGGUGGUGGUGACGGUUCUGUUGGAGGGGCAAAGUGGUGUUGAUGGUGAGGGGUGGUGCAUGCUUUGAUAGGUGGAGCAGUUGGGUGGUGGUGACGGUUCUGUUGGAGGGGCAAAGUGGUGUUGGUGGUGAGGGGUGGUGGAUGCUUUGAUAGGUGGAGCAGUUGGGUGGUGGUGACGGUUCUGUUGGAGGGGCAAAGUGGUGUUGGUGGUGAGGAGUGGUGGAUGCUUUGAUAGGUGGAGCAGUUGGGUGGUGGUGACGGUUCUGUUGGAGGGGCAAAGUGGUGUUGGUGGUGAGUGGUGGUGCAUGGUUUGAUAGGUGGAGCAGUUGGGUGGUGGUGACGGUUCUGUUGGAGGGGCAAAGGGGUGUUGGUGGUGAGGGGUGGUGCAUGGUUUGAUAGGUGGAGCAGUUGGGUGGUGGUGACGGUUCUGUUGGAGGGGCAAAGUGGUGUUGGUGGUGAGGGGUGGUGCAUGGUUUGAUAGGUGGAGCAGUUGGGUGGUGGUGACGGUUCUGUUAGAGGGGCAAAGGGGUGUUGGUGGUGAGGGGUGGUGGAUGCUUUGUUAGGUGGAGCAGUUGGGUGGUGGUGACGGUUCUGUUAGAGGGGCAAAGGGGUGUUGGUGGUGAGGGGUGGUGGAUGCUUUGUUAGGUGGAGCAGUUGGGUGGUGGUGACUGGUGAAUUUACGAGCCACCGAACGGCAGUGGCGGUAAAAACGGUAAAAGCUAAGAAGAGGUGAGUGAUGCAUCGUGUUGGUGGUAAUGGUGUAUCGGUCUUGUAACAAUCACCAGCUCAUCUUAGGGCGUUUGUAUGUACACCAAAACAAGGAAAAGAACCCAUAACUUCAACACAGGGAAUGAAGGUCGCGUUGUUAUUAUUAUUAUUAUUAUUAUUAUUAUUAUUAUUAUUAUUAUUAUUAUUAUUAUUAUUAUUAUUAUUAUUGUCAUCAUUAUUAUUAUUAUUUAUAUAUCUAUUUGAAGGGAGGGAUUACUUAUUCGCGUGUUGUAUAUAAAGAUGAAUUAAUGACAACGGUGGACUAAAGUUUUAUUUCUAAUUAUUUAUGGGGGUUGCUCACGAAGAUCUUUUAAUGUAUACUACUAAGUUUCUCCGUCUGCAUCAAUAUCAGCAGUUAUUCUUUCUUUGAUGUAUACGUAUACUCGGUGGUCCUACACGAUGAUGAUUUUUCUGCAGCUACAACAACAGUAUAUAUCGAUGUUACCGUGUAUUGUUUCCUUCCGUCGCCCUUUGUAUAUAAGCAAGCAACAAACAGGUCAACUUCUACAGGUCAACUCGUGUCCCAAAUGCACCAAGUCUUGCAGUUUACCUUGUAUGUUUUGUUUCGUCUUGUUCUUUUCUCCGAGGUGUGUCGAGGCGAGGAACCAACGAUGUGGCGGCGCUGCUGAAAGAUUUAUUUUUAUCUUUGUUGUGGUGUGUCUCCGUAAGUGUCAAGUCCUGUGUGUGUAAAUCCCGACUGUAAGUGUUCGUGGGCGAGGCGUCUCCGUCCGCCCUGCCGUGUGUGGUGUUUAAAGGAAGCUGUGACUGACCCAAACGACCCUCCUCCCCUCCUCCAUUCCCACCAUUCCCCUUCCACCUCGAUCUCCUCUAGUCGGACUUUAAGACACUGGUUUGACGAGGCUGACAGCAAGAGGACGAAGAGGAGGAGGAGGUGGUGGAAGUGCAGGAGAGAGGGCAGGGAAAGAGGCAGUAACGGCGUGGCAUUGAGACACAUAAACCCUUGUAUGUU